AUGGAUGAGACAGGUAACACAACAAAUAACGAGAUAGAAGCUGUAAACAAUGUUCCAGUAACACAAAGCAUGCCUCCACCAAGUUUCAGUUCCGCGAAUCCAGUGGUCGUUAGUGUACAGAAUGCGCCUCCAUCAAAUUUCAGUUUCGCGAAUCCAGUGGCCAUCAGUGUACAGAAUGAGCCACCACCACCAGCAUACACAUCUUACGGGCAGUUCGUACCUCCUCCAGCUGGUUAUCCUCAAGCUGGACAUCCUCAAAUGGGUUAUUCUCAAGCUGGACAUCCUCAAGCUGGCUAUCCUCAACCUGGAUAUCCUCCAGUUGGUUAUCCUCAAGCUGGUUAUCCUAAAGUGAAUCAAGCACAGCCGCAGCGAAUGCCUAAUAGUAUGGUGUUUGCACCCAAUCAAGGUGCUAACGUAAGUGAUUUCAUGGCAUGGUCAAUUUUUAACUGUCUGUGUUGUUUAUGGCCUUUAGGCCUUGUUGCCAUAUUUCUCUCAAGUAUGGUAAUGGAAAAGAAGAAAAGUAACAAUGUACAAGGCGCUAAGUCUCUGUCAACGGCAACUGGCAUAGUGAAUGGUAUUGCUACCGUCGCUGGUAUUGGUCUCAAUAUCUUUCUCAUCAUGUACUACACUCAGAUGCGUUGA